AUGGUCGCGUCCGACCGCACCCCGGCCUCGCUCGUCCGCAGCCGCAGCGUCAGCUCCGACACCUCGUUCCACACCUCGCGCCUCUCGAACCAGGGCGGCCAGCUCAUCGUCGUCGCAAACCGCCUCCCCGUCUCUGUCACGGCCGACCCGAAAGCCGAGGGCGGCUACCGCUUCUCCGUCUCGAGCGGCGGACUCGCCUCGGCGCUCUCGGGCUGCAAGAAGAAGAUGGACUUUGUCUGGAUCGGCUGGCCCGGUUUCGACGUCCCCGAGAUCGACCGCGAGUUCAUCACCAAGAAGCUGUCCGAGGACUUUUCCUGCAUCCCGGUCUACAUCUCGGACGAGGUCGCAGAGCGAUACUACAACGGCUUCUCCAACUCGAUCCUCUGGCCCUUCUUCCACUAUCACCCGGGCGAGAUCCAGUUUGACGAGACCGACUGGCUCGCGUACCGCCAGGCCAACCUUCUCUUUGCCGAGGCCGUCCAGAAGGAGGUCAAGUCGGGCGACAUCGUCUGGGUCCAAGACUACCACCUGUGCCUCGUCCCCGUCUACCUGCGUGACCUUCUCGGAAGGGACGCGGCCACGAUGGGCGAGAACGGCCAGCGCGACGUCAACGCCAUGUUCGAGGGCCUCACCGUCAGCACCGAGGGCGCAAAGGGCGUGCGCAAGCCCGGCCCGACCGGCGUCAACGGCACGCACGGCACCAACUUUGUCGGCGACGUCCAGAUCGGCUUCUUCCUCCACACGCCCUUCCCCAGCUCCGAGGUCUUCCGCACGCUCCCCGUCCGCCGCGAGAUCCUCCUCGGCAUCCUCAACUGCGACUUGAUCGGGUUCCACACGUACGACUAUGCGCGCCACUUCCUGUCGUCGUGCUCGCGCCUGCUCGGCGUCAAGUGCACGCCCAACAAGAUCGAGCUCGUCGGCCGCCACGCGACGGUCGGCACGUUCCCGAUCGGCAUCGAGCCGGGCCAGUUCCUCGAGGCGCUCCAGCAGGACCAGGUGCAGCAGCGCGUCGCGACCCUCAGGCGCCGGUUCGAGGGCGUCAAGUUGAUCGUCGGCGUCGACCGCCUCGACUACAUCAAGGGCGUGCCGCAAAAGCUCCACGCGAUGGAGGUCUUCCUCGAGGAGCACCCCGAGUGGAUCGGCAAGGUCGUCCUCGUCCAGGUCGCCGUCCCCUCGCGCCAGGACGUCGAGGAGUACCAGAACCUGCGCGCCAUGGUCAACGAGCUCGUCGGGCGCAUCAACGGCCGGUUCGGCACCGUCGACUGGAUGCCGAUCCACUUUAUGCACCGCUCGGUCCCCUUUUCCGAGUUGACGGCGCUCUACACCGUCUCGGACGCGUGCCUCAUCACGUCGACCCGCGACGGCAUGAACCUCGUCGCCUACGAGUACAUCGCGUGCCAGCAGCAGAGCCACGGCGUCCUCAUCCUGUCCGAGUUUGCCGGUGCCGCGCACUCGCUUAACGGCGCCCUCAUCGUCAACCCGUGGAACACGGCCGAGACGGGCGAGGCGAUCCACCAGGCCCUGACGAUGGGCGGCGACGAGCGCGAGGAGGCGCACCGCAAGCUGUUCCGGUACGUGUCGCAGUACACGGCGUCGCACUGGGGAACCGAGUUCGUCGCAGAAUUGCAACGCGACCGUGCUGAACGUCGCGCGAUCGCCGAGGCGUCGGACAAGGACGAGGCGGCCGCCGCUGACGCCGCCCAGGCCGACCGUGACCAGCGUGCCAAGCAGGAGCAGCUCCGGCGCCAGGGCCUCCAGCUCACGGGCAAGGCGUGAUCGGGCGCGAGCGCGUGCGGGUGCGAGUUUGGAUAGAGCUUUCCCCUUUCUGCUUGUGUACACAGAGGUAACGAACGCGAGACUUGCUUUUUUCCUUUCC